AGACCCGUUAGCUAUACAACAGUUUUGGGCCAAGAGUAAGAUUUAAAUGCCACAUUUCGUAUACGUAAUCUGCUUUGGAGUGCUGAAAGCGCUUCAAUUGGCCCUAUUUAACAUAUGCGUAAAGUGCUUUCCCCUAACUCAAGACCAACUACUUUCAACACUCUGUGUGUACAUAUGCAUUCACAUAUUUAAAGCAACGUGCCAAGCCCCGGAGCUGUUGGAAAAACAAGCGAGUGGGUGGAAGGAAAACAGCUUUCUGGCACACUUCAAAGCACAUUACACCACUUUGGAGGCGUCGGGGGGGAUGGCAGAACCCAAGAACUAAAGAGCUGAAGGAGAGUGGCCCGAGUGGCACGUACCUGGGUAAUGCUGCAUCUUUAAAAAGCCGCCCCAAAUCCUUGGAUCCCCGAAACUCCGGACGUCGGGCCAAACUACAACUAAUCCCUGCUAACAGUUCCAGUCUAAGACUUAUCCACCCACAUCCACAUCCACAUCCGCAACCCCUCUACUGCGCUCGCUGUCUAUUUUCGUGCCACUUUUGGCCAAAGCCGAAGCUGCUGGAGUGGAUUUUGGCACCAUUGGCACUGGUAACCUGCAUAUUUAAUGACAAUCCCCACCAGCCCGGGACGUGUUCGAGUGCCAAGAGCCUGCCGGAGUGGGCGUUGUCGACUCGCCCUUUUUUCCUGGCACUCUGACAGGGUCGAAAACAAAGGCCGGCGACCGGGCCAGAUAUCAGAUGGGGCUGCCAAAUGUGCGGAAUACUCGGGCCAGUGGCGAAGUAAUUACUAUCUUAUCGAAUGCGAUGUCGCGGGUGGCCUAUAAAAGUAGAGGAAUUGCCGGCAAUCGGGCAAUGAGUUAAGUGCCAGCAACAUGUCCGGAAUCCCGCCAGCCACCUUCACGGUAAUCGCCGGCAGUGCAGCCAACAAUCAGCGCAAUCGACGCAAGAACCAGAACCAAAAUCAGCAGAAGAGUGCCACCAAGACCGAACCACAGACGGCGGGGGCGAAGACGAAUAGUUGCCACAUUGCUUAGAUAUAGUAACUAUCUUAUCAGUACAAGGAUUUAACGCAUGAAAAUACAUUUCCCAUGACAUAAACACCGUGUAUAAAUGGGCCGAGCAAAGCAUUUGGGGUUUCAGUUAAUGGGCACAACGAAAACGAAACGGAAUAAUCAAGCGACAACAUGAAAACGACAAUUGUUGAGGAGCGAAGUGUUAACGAAACAAUAGAAACGAUCGCCACGAGCAGUGGCACAAUCCAGGAGACCGUCGAAAUAGUCAACAUCGAGGGAUCUCCAGCACCGAGUCACCGUCAUCAUCAUCACCAUCACAGGCAUCAUCAUCAUCAUCACGAACGGCAGGAGAAUGUUGAGGUUGUUGAGCGAGAAGAAGUGAUUCUGGUUGAGAACGUACCAAAGCCGCGAAAGCAUCACCACCAUCACAGGCAGAAGACUUCGCCACCUCCACCUCUACCGGAUACUUCACCGCCCUUUCUUACGCCCACCGAAGAGGUGGGUUUCAAUGCGGUUUGGGAACCACAGGCCUUUUGGAACCAGCCGUCAUCAAAUCCCUCCUUAGACUUAGAUCUUUCAUCGGAGAAGGAUGUUGUGGAGACAGAGGAGAUUUUGGGCACAACAUCCGCUUCAGACGAAUUCACAACUGUGGUUUGGCAAACGGAGACAAAGGAAACUGUAAAGCAGUCGAAAAACCACACAAGGGUGGUGGAAGAAGAAAUCAUAGUAGACCAAUUGGAUCCUCCACCUUACCCACCCCCACAACUUCAAGUGCAGACGGGAUACUUUCCGGGAGCUCAGCAGCCAUCGCUCUCUCCCAUUGCCGAAGUGGUUCAAACGGAUAUUUUUGUGGAGUCAGUGGAGCCUUCGCUGCCCCCAACAGGAUACAUUCCCAGAGUGCAACUUAACCCAACGGAAACCAUUGUGGAGAAUGUAGAGCUCGUCGUUCCUGCACAGAUCCAACAGGAACCGGAAUUCAUUCCUCAACCCGGAUUUGUGGCUAGAAUUGUGGAGAAUAUAGAAGGAGCUGCAGCAUCUAUUUCUGUCCAGACCCCAGCACCAAAAGCCUACUACCCUCGAUCAGGACAAGUUGAGACGAUUAUGGAGGACAUACAAGUUGUUAAAGAAGAUCCUCCUGUGCCGAAUAUUGUACAAAGUAUUAAUGUUCCUGGAGAUGUGGUUGUGGAGUCAAUUGUGGAAACCAUUGAAGCUGAUUCCCCCUUUCUUCUUCCAGCCAAUGGUUUCGAUACCGAAGAGUCGAUUCAGGAAACCAUUGCAGUUGAUGACUCUCCAUUUCUCCUUCCCUCAAAUGGCUUUGACUCUGAGCCAGUUUGCGUGGAGUCAAUUGUUGAAAAUAUAGAAGUGGUAACCCCCGAACCUGUCUUACAAAUACCAGUGGAAGGUAUAGUGGAAAACAUAGAGGUUAUUAAAGAAGAUGAUCCUCCUUUCCUGCUUCCCGCUCAAUGUGGCAAUGGGGAAUCAAUUGAAGAAAACAUAGAAAUAAUUACAGAGGUAGAUCCUCCGUUAAGGCCAAAAGUGCAGAGUGGAUAUCUACCUCGUUCUGGAUUCGUAGAGUCUAUUGUUCAAAGUAUAGAUGUCCCUGUAGAAGUUGAGUCUUCCCAGUCUGCUUUGCCAAGUGACUUAGUCCCGCAAACAGGAUUGGUAGAAUCGAUUGUGGAAAACAUAGAAGUCACAGAAGAAGUAUACUCUCCUCUUCAAUCCCCUAUUCAAAUAGAUUUCCCAUCUCGAUCCGGAUUUGUUGAAUCGAUUGUGGAAAAUAUGGAAGUCACGGAAGAAGAUGAACUUCCAGUACGGCCACCACUUCCAAUUGGUUUUCCUCCUCGUUCAGGCUUUGUGGAAUCGGUUGUGGAGAACAUAGAAGUUGUAGAAGAAAAUCCACCCUAUCAAUCUCCAGUGCCAAUUGACAUUAUCCCUCAGACAGGCUAUGUUGAGAACACUGUGGAGGACAUCGAAAUCAUACAGGCCCCACAGUCAGUGUUUCAAAAUGGGUGUGCGCCUCAGACAGCCCUUGUAGAGACAAUUGUGGAAGAGAUCCAAGUUAGACCUGACCCUCUACUUCGGUCGAUAGUGACAACUGAUUUCAUACCCCGCUCUAGUAUGGUACAAGAGCUGGUUGUAGAGUCCCUUGAAGUAACACCAGCAUCAUCACCUCCCCCCGAACAGUUUCCCUUCAUUUCCAGAGAAAGCCUAAUCGAAGUCGAUGAUUAUGUGACGGUUGAGGAAGUAACCCCCUACAAUACCGCUCCACACAGUCCCGCAAUGGAAGUGGAAGUAUUAAGCGAAGAUGAAGCUUAUGUUGAGAUAAUUGAAGAAACGCCAGUUAUUACUCCACCAAGAAGUCCUUCAAUUCAAGGGCCCGUUGAGAUGGGUUUCGUUCCUAGGCCAAGCUUAGCGGAAACGGCUAUAAUUGUGGCGUCCCUGGAGGUUACUCCCACACCGACUCCCCCACCCAGUCCACCUCUGAAAGUCAGAAUACCGCCAUCGAAUCUGACACAAACGGAGGUGAUUGUGGAGUCUGUGGAUGUCACUCCAGUUCCCUCACCACCUGCAAGGCCACCACCAAAACCACUUAACAGUUUCGUUCUAACCGAUCUGGUAAUAGACGAUCCUCCGUUCGUAGAAGUGGUGGACAGAGAGGUGGUUGUAGAGUCCUCCAACGAUGGGCAAGUAACCGAGGUCAUAGAAGUGACUGAGGAAAUUAUACAACCUGCCACACCCGUCACAACUGUUUUCGUGGGUGAGGUUUCCGAGCAGAGUAACGAUAAGUUUGGCAAGCGGUAUUCCUUGAGUGCGGCACUGAACCAAGAACAGCAACAGGAGCAGGGAAUACAGGAAUCGAAUCAACCACCACCGAUCCAGAAACGAGAUAUUGCAGCAGAACCACCGAAGCGAAAAUGUUGCCCUUGUAAAUGCGUCAUCUGCUAAAUCGGAGGUCAGGGGCUUUCCCCAAGCCUGGGAAUGUGAGCUCCGCCUAUCGCAUAUCUAAUCAGCGGAAACAGAAGCCCCC